AUGGCAAAUUCUCUGUAUGCAUCUAUUAUUGUUAUCGUUUUUUGUGUGAAUAAUAGUUUUUCAAUAUUGAAGCCUAUACCUGAUUAUUUACAUAUUUGCCACCGCUCAAAUCCAGACAUUCCAAAAUGUAUUAUAGAAUCAGCAUAUUUUUUAAGAAGCAAAMUUGCAGAAGGAAUUCCCGAAUUCGAUGUCGCCCCUAUGGACCCAAUGUUAAUAAACGCUCUUAUUCCAACUAAUGGGAACGGGCUGAAAAUAGAGACCAACAAUUUGUUAGUCACCGGAACCAAAAAUUUUACAAUUAAUCAUCUUAUAGCUGACAUAGRCAAACAAAAGUAUAAGUUCCAAGUGAGAUUCCCUCACAUGCACGUACUCGGUAAUUACAGCAUCGACGGAAAAAUAGCGAGAAUGGUCAUCAAAGGUCAAGGAGAUUUCGAUUUGGACAUAUAUGGAGUGAAAUGCAACGUAUCACUACUGGGAAACGUCAUCAAUAUCAACGGUUUGAAUUUCAUACGUUUCCAUCAUAUAUCACUUAGAAUCGCAAUAAGCAGAGGAAAUAUAGAACUAAGAAAUUUAUUUGGUGGUGAUAAAAACUUAGGUAAGUUCAUUGAUUUUCUUUUAGGUGAAGUACUCAAUUUGGCUAUAAAUGCAAAUUUCAUUAUGUUUUUCAUGGAGCUCAGGCCGAUCAUUCAAAAGGUGCUCGAAGAGUUCGUGUUAGACACUGUGGAAAAACUUACACAACAUUUUACCUACGAACAACUGUUUCCAGAUUAA